UUGCAAAUCAUUUCCCAGAACAUUUCCCAUGUGGUGGAUUAAUAUUUGUUAUUGAUUUAUAAAAAAUCAUUUUAUUUCAUGUCUAAAGAGAGGAUAAUUACGAAUGGCAUCAAGAAUGUCCUGCAUCAAUCGUUGGUCAAAACACCAACUCAAGUGCCUUCAUCAUCGCCCGGAAAGAUAUCGUUGAUACCAUCACGUUUACCUCCACUGCCAACAGUUCGAGAUCUAGUCAGAAUUUAUCGUGUUCGAGCACGUCGAAGUUUAUCGCAGAAUUUUCUUUUGAAUAAAAAUACAAAUGAAAAAAUAGUCAACUCAGCUGGAAUUCGUAAUGGAGAUCAUGUUCUUGAGAUUGGUCCUGGACCCGGUAGUAUUACACGACAAAUCUUGGAACGUGGACCACAACAAUUGUUUGUAUUGGAAAAAGAUCGCCGUUUUUUACCAAUGCUCGAGAUGUUGGCCAGCGCUGCAUACCCUGAUCAGAUGAAAAUCAUUGUGGGCGAUGUGAUGGACUAUACGUUCGACAAUCUAUUUCCAGACCAUUUGAAAAAAGAAUGGCAUGAAGAAUCACCAGACAUACGAAUAAUCGGCAAUUUACCUUUCAAUGUAUCAACACCAUUAAUAAUCAAAUGGUUAAGAAUGAUGUCCAAUCAUUCUGGUUUCUAUGAAAUGGGUCGUAUACCACUUACAUUAACAUUUCAACGUGAAGUUGCCGAACGAAUGGUUGCACAAGUGAUGGAUUAUCAACGUAGUCGUCUUUCUAUAAUGUGUCAACAUUUAUGUCAUGUAAAAAUACGUUUCACUAUAAAAGGCAAAAGUUUUGUUCCAACACCAAAAGUAGAUGCUGCUGUAGUGAAAUUUAUACCAUUGAUUGAACCGAAAAUCAAUUUACCAUUCAAUGUGGUGGAAAAAUUCGUCAGACAUUUGUUCAUUUAUCGUAAUAAACAGAUACAUAAAUGUUUACGAACAUUAUUUCCAAAAGAUAUGCAUGACCUGAAUGAAGAAUUGUUCAUAAAAUCUGGCAUCGAACGUGAUCUAAGGCCAACAAUGUUAUCGAUUGAUGAAAUUGGUUCAUUAUGUCAUGUAUAUCAUGAAUUCUGUACAGAAAAUAGAGGAUUGUUUGAAUUUAAUUAUCAAACAAGAAAAAAACUUGCAAUUUCUCAAUUCUCAGAUCAACAACAACAACAGCAACAACAACAACAAGCUGAUACAUGGAUAAAUGAAGAUUAAAAUUUGAAUUUGAAUAUUUUUUUUUUAUUAAAUUUUGAUAAAAUGAA